GUGUAGGCAUGUGACUUUGGGAGUAUUAUAGAUAAUUUUAAACUUGGCACACAUUCAUUGAUAUUAGUGAAGUGUUCAUUAAGCCAUCAGUGGCAGAGUCUGAUGAUCUAACAGCGGCAUCAUAGGUGUUUGUCAAAUAUUUGAGCAAAAUGUCUUCAACACUUGAUAGUGCAGCUUACUCUACAGUGACUGAAGUGCCUGCAGGUAGUAGGGCCAUACUUGAAUGUCAAAGCAAUGACUUUGACCACAAUUUUAAGUUUUGGAUAUUAGGUUCCAAUAAAGUGAUUGGUCCAGGCAAUGACUAUGAUGAGCAAAAGUAUAAAUAUAAAGUGUUAUCUGGGAAGCUACAUAUUGAUAGGGUUUCGCCCGAGGAGUCGGGCAUUUACAAAUGUGUAUCCCAAAGACUGGGAGACAAUGGACAUACUGUGGGAGAAGUACAGAUGAUAGUAAAGGAUUCCUUCUCUGCGAUGGAUGGAUUUAAACUAAUAGCAAUUGUAAUCUCCAUCAUUGUAAUUAUCAGCUGUGUUGUUCUUUACCUACGCUUGAGAAAACAAUGGAAUAAAUAUGAUGGCCGGGGUAUGAUUUCAGUUGAUGAUCCUGAAGACGAAGAAGGUGAUAGUGAAGAAGUAUAUAAUAGAACAACUACAACUGCACAAUCACCAUACAGUCAACCUGUUGCAGGUCCAAGCAGAAAUCAAUCCUCAGAGCAUUUACUGUAUGGCAUUGAUAAUCAAGGAUUAGACACUGACUUCAAUUCAGUUUUUGAAAACAUUCAAAUGAAAACCCCUCCUAGUCUAAUUUAAUAGUAUAAUGUUAAGAAAAACAGUUACUCUUUGUUUUAGUGAGAUUAGUUUUUAGUUAAAAGGUCAAGAACGCUUUUGUCCACAUGUGAAAAUAAUUUAAGAUUUUCAAGCGUUGUCAUCAUAACUAUGAAUAGCUUCAAAUUAUACAUAGAUUCAAAGUAUACAUAAAAUCUACCCACAGUAAUCUGAAAACAAGUCAUUUUAUUUCACCUAUUGUUGCAUGUUUGUAAGUGCCGAUUAACGUAUGAUGUCUAUAAAUAAGCAAGAAUUUCUGGCAAAAUGCCACUCUUACUCAUAAUGUGUAGAGAAUUUUACUACCAUUGAGAGGCAGGUCUAGCAGGACAUUGGCAUUGGAUUGCCCAAUUUAAAAUAAGCUUAAGUUACAUCAGUGUAGCAACUUAUUAGGGUUUUUUUUACCAAUUGUAAAUAGUUAAUUAAUAA